UGAUAUGAAAACUAGGCCAUUGAAGAUCGAAGAGGGGCGGCGAUCAGGACUUUCUACGAGGCGCCGAAGUUGAGGGGACUCCCGAUCAAGUCGGCGCAACGUCAAUAUGUGGGGUCCAGCACGAAUUUUCCACCAGGAAUUUCCAACGUCUCAUUUGCCACGUUAGCAUUCCAUUGCUUUGCAGGUGACACAUCCCAGGGUGCGAACAUCCUCAUCUUUGCAAAGUAAUGAAGUAGUUGCGAAGCUUCUAAAAAUAGAUCAUAUCUCCCCUGAGCCCUGUGCAUUUUCUUCUUCUCAACGGAUUUAUUUUCGUGAUGGAGGUAGUCGAAGAUUAGAAGCAAUCCAUUGUGUUCUGUAGCUUCGGAACAAUGCUAUAAGCAUUGCUAGUGCAGAUUUCUACGGAGGAGGGUAAUGGUGCGAAGGCGGGAUUAACAGCACAGGGGCGAACAGUUGGGGUUUGAGGCGAAGCACAAGAAUCGUUGUGGAGAUCUUGGUGGGAAGGCGCUGAAACAUGUGUUGGUUUGAGGCAAAGUGGUAAUGCUGUGGAAGGUUUUUAAGAAAGGGAAGAGUUAGCCGACGCCUGAGGUCUUCAGAGCUAGCUUUAGCUUUGUUGUCAAAGUCUCAGCAGUUGCAUAUGAGAGUGACCGCGAAUGUUUUAACUCGUUUUGCAGAAGGUCAAGGUGCUUUUGCAGUUUUUAGCCGAGUUAGGACUGAGCCUGUCAACUUCGGCACAUCGUGAGUGUAGUGAUCCAUCGCUUUUCGGGUCCUGUCCAUAGCAGAGACGAGUUACAUAAAAUCUUCGCGUGAUGACGCAAUUUAGGAGCUGAUCAGUGUAGCUUGAAGGACGGAUUCCCAACUUGUCCGCCUGGUCUAAGCUUCGGAAGAAACUCUGCUGAGAACAUAGCUAUGGGUCCAGGGCUGCCGCCUCAGCUGGCCAGUAUAGAGAAGGAAGCGAGGGACAUUUUCAAGCUCCUCACGACUGGAUUUCAAAAAUUAGACAUUGUCAAGGAUGUGGAUAAGCAGAACAAGCAGUUGGAGGAUUUAACUGCAAAGAUGCGGGAGGCAAAGCGCCUGAUAAAGGAGUUUGACAAAGAAACGAAGGAGGCGGAAAGCACUAUAAGUUCUGAAUCUGUCAAGACGCUGAAUGAGAAAAAGCAAGCUCUGAUCAAGGAGCUCAACUCAUUUGUUGCACUAAGAAAAACGUACACAAGUUCGAUUGGGAACAGAGAAGAACACCUAGACGGAGGCCUACAUGCAAGAUCUGCUAGAGGGUCUACCCAAAUGGAUUCACAACCGAUGGACGAAGCAACUAAAACUAGAGAGAAGUCUAGUAAGGUUUUGGAACAUAACAUCCAUAUUGGGACUGAGACAGCUACUACUUCGGAAGAUCGAAUAGGGCAAACCGUCGAGGAGCAACCAAGCAAGCCAAAUGAUCAAGUUGGAACCACUCGGUUUUCCAUGAAAGACGCGUCAUUUAAAGAAAUCGUGCGCAAGAUGGCAACGAAUAGGUGCAUAAUGGUCGUUGCACUUAUUAUACUGGUCGCUAUAAUUGUGAUCGUCAUCAUGACGCUUGUCCAUCCCGAGGGUGAAGUAACGCGUUCAACACCCCCACCUCGAAGAAGGCGGCUUCUGAUGACAGCAAUGGACUUCCAAUGUUAAAAUCCUCUGUUAGGCCCACCGACUAAUUGGGAAUACAUCACUUACACUUAAUCUUUUUCUUUUUUUCCAUUGUCCCUUUCUGUUCGUUCACAACGAGAGUCAAUGCUUUUGCCUCUCUGAACGACAGUCUUGUCUAUCACAUUAGGAACGUACUUAGAGCAGAUUUCAGUGGAGCCUUCACAGCGGAAUAUGUGCCAAGUAAACUUUGCACAACAGAAUUACAAGCAACGGCCACUGAAAUAGAGGGCUGUUGACACUAUGUCAAUGUAUCCACUGUUGUUGAAUGACUUACAGGUAACUCGAUUUCCUGAGGAAAUUAUCCUUGCACCUAGUGUUAUUGGAGACUCUCAAAUUAUAGUAAAAGAAUGAAAUUCUAUCUGA